AUGCGCUCGGUUUGCUUUUGGCAAGUAGACCACUCAGGCUACCCUCCAAGUCUCCUGGGAAUGAAAAUCCCACGCCUGAGGACAAGCCGCAAGCGUGGUACUUUUGCGUUUCGGGGAGUGGCAGAAAUCCGGCCAAUUGGCAAGUCGAGGAGGCCACGCACCUUGUUCCAUCCAUGCCAGCGCGUAACCCGUGGUUCGGCGCUGCGUAUCCCUGCCACUUCCGACCGGAGGACCAUUCAGUGUCUACGGCUGUUAAUCUACAAAUCAUUCCUCAGAUCAACGAUUCUUCAUCAUGAUGGGUCCUCUUUUAGACUUCAAGACUGCGGCUGUUCUCCACCAGGAGAUUUUCGCUGGGAGCUUCUCCCGCUUCGAUUGUGGACCUCGACCUCUGGCUUAGGCGGGCGAGUGGAAUCGCUGCACUUGCUUCUCCGUAUUAUAUCGAAGCUAUCUGAUCUGACCACCCGGCAGGGGUCACACAGCAUGCAGCGAUUCAUAAACUCAGAAGGAGGCGCAAUUCAGUACCAGUACGGAGUAGAUAGUACUGUGGGAGCGAAAUUGGCCAUGCAUGGCGGAAUUGCGCGGACGAGAGUUCCGAGGAAUAACAUUAACUACAUUCGGAUGAGGCCUCGCGCUCGUGGCCACGGAGCACUACGGGAGCGUGAAGGAAAGAUGCCGUCAUACCACCACCGUACCAUCCAAUACGUAUAUACUCUGUUACCAACCCGGUAUUAA